CGUCACGGUGCGCUAUAAGGAUAAAGCGCUGGCUGGCUCCAAGCGCAGUCUGCUGGAUACCACAGAGUGGGAGCAAGUGAGAGAGGCGAGCCUUUAAAUCUCUGCGGUGCAGAGCUGGAAAAGCUGCUUCUCAGCGAAAAUCAGACGCCCUAUUAACUCUGCUUAUUUGCUCCUAUUGUUUUCCUGGAGAAAAAAAAGGACUUACAACCAAGAAGUCGCUACGAGGACUGGUGCCCGUAUCAGCGAACAGACGUGGUAUUUCCUUUAUUAUUAUUAUUUAUCUUUUUUUGUGUGAAUACACUUCUACUGAAGGGACUGAGGUUUUACUUUUGCCCUGAGACGCAUUGCUUUCUACCUCCCGUCUGGUCUCUCUGCCAGAUUAUCCCAGCAGAAGUAGGCUAUAUGACGCAAACCGUGUGCAGAGCAUUAGUGUGAAAGUUUUCCUCCACUACUUUUUUUUUUUCAUUUUUCCUUUUUUUCCACCGAUCACACGGUGUUUCAUGCUACAGCAAGUCUGUGCGCAGCGGUGGAGGAGCCAAAAGAACUAUUGCAUGAAACAAGAAAGGAGAGAAGAGACGCUGAAAAGAAAUCGGUUUUUGCAACGCUCGCAAGUACCUUUGCAAAUCUGCAAAAGAGUCGCGACGGCAGCAUGAGUGCAGAGAUGAGCAUGGGCCCGGAGCUACCCAGCAGCCCUCUGGCUCUGGAAUAUGUCAAUGAUUUUGACCUGAUGAAGUUUGACGUGAAGAAGGAAGGCCUGGCCGGGCUGGAUCGGAACGGGGUGCGCCAGUGUAUCCGUCUCCAACCCCAAGGCUCUGUGUCGUCCACCCCCAUCAGUACACCCUGCAGCUCGGUGCCCUCCUCACCCAGCUUCAGCCCCACAGAGCAGAAAAGCCACCUAGAGGAGCUGUACUGGAUGCCGAACAGCGGGUACCACCAGCAGAUAGACCCCCAGACACUCAGCCUGACCCCAGAGGACGCAGUGGAGGCCCUGAUUGGAGCCACAGCUCAUGGCCACCCUCCGCCUCUGCAUGUCCAACAGCAACUGCAGCAGCAAGGCUCUUUCGAGGGCUACAGGGGCCCGCAUCACCAUCACAGUCAACACGGCCAGCAGCACCAUCACCCAUAUGCGGGGGGCAUCCCGCACCACGGCGAUGAACUGUCCGGGCACCCGGGCGGACACAGCCACCCACACAGCCAGCAUCACCAUCACCACAGCCAAGACCCCGACAGCCCGUCCCCGGUCUCCCCAGAGUCCCACCAGUCGCUCCAUCACCGCCACCAUCAUCACCACCACGGCCACCUGAGCCAGUCGGGGGGGCACCACAGCUCCGGGCUCAACGUGGAGGACCGCUUCUCCGACGAUCAGCUGGUGUCCAUGUCGGUGAGGGAGCUCAACAGACACCUACGGGGCUUCACCAAGGACGAGGUCAUCCGCCUCAAGCAGAAGCGGAGGACCCUGAAGAACCGGGGCUACGCUCAGUCCUGCCGAUACAAGCGGGUGCAGCAGAAGCAUGUGCUGGAGAACGAGAAGACGCAGCUGAUUAACCAGGUGGAGCAGCUGAAGACAGAGAUCGGCCGGCUGGCGAGGGAGAGGGACGCCUACAAACUCAAGUGUGAGAAACUGACGGGGUCAGGGGCCAAUAACGGGUUCCGCGAGGCUGGCUCAACCAGUGACAACCCUUCAUCACCAGAGUUUUUCAUGUGAGUUGUCAUAGCCUUUUCUUGUGAACCCCCUUACAACAAACUUUCCCCUCCAUCCCCAACUUUCCUUUCUCCACAAAUGACUGACUGGCUGAUGAACAAACGAUAAUAAUCUACACCUCCCAUACUGUUUAUGAUUAUACUAAUAACGGUAACAAUUAUAUUCAUAUUAGAAGAAUAAUCCAUCGAAUAGUAUUCUCAUAUAUAAUCAUCUCUCCAUCCACGUGUCAACUGAGAUACAAAGAGCAACGUAGAGUGUCUGAUCAGUCGCAGCAUCUUUGUAGAUUAGUUGCUUGUAGUGAAGAGACUUUUUUUCUUCUUCAAGAGAAGAGGAUCGGCUGAUGAACUUUUUAUUUUCUCCCUUUGAGGCUACGGUUUUGAAAUAAUCUGUAAAUCGUGUGGGAUGGCGACGAGGCCGUUGUCUUGUAAUUCUGUUCUCCAAAAUGACAUUGUUAUGAAACAACAAGCAGGCCUGGCCUCGCAGCCUGCAACACACACACGAGUCUCACAUUCGACAAGUGGGCCCGUAAUCUGAGAAAAUCUCCAAAAGCAAGACUCCACUUUAUGCAAAUUUAACUUCUGUCUACUAACCCGUCACGGGGGGGGGGAGGGGGGGGGGCAUUUUAUGCAACAUCUCAUUGAUUUAUUGCCUGCUUGGUUAUAUUCGAAUAUAUAUUGAAACAAAAAAUCUGCAUUAAAUAUUAAUCCUGCAUGCUGGACAUGUACGGUAAUAAUUUCUAUUUUGUACUUUCAUCUUCUCGUGUAUAUUAAGAGCAUGUUUUUGAUCUGCGCUUCUCCAUAGUUUUGGGGGGUUAGAGAAAUGCAGCGGGGACAGAACAGCAGGACUGCCGGUGCAGUAUCAUAUGGUGUGGGUUUUCUUUGGGCUUGUAAAUAUUAUGCAACCGCAAAACUGCACAACAAGAUUGAGGAGGCUGGUUUGAACUUCUUUCUUUCUUUGUGUUGUGUUUUUAUUUCAUUUAUUUUUUAUGUUUUUUUGUUUUUUUUAUCAUGUGGGAUUUUGAUUGAGAGAGGAGUGCAUUUCUUUCUGUUGCAUUUAAAUACAACAAACUUUUGUGUGUCAAGUGCACUUUUGAAUGAUGAUUUGCAAGUUUUCAUUUUGAAGUUUGUGCAGACCUCCCUCCAGGAAGACAUACUAUGAUACUAUAUUGUGAUUUUAUUCAACUCAGGCCUACGUGCUAAGUUUUAGAGUGAUAUUUGGAAACAUGUUCUGCGAAGCUGAGGAGGCAAACAUGUGGCCACAAUAUUAUUGGACCCAGAUUGCACAAAAGAGGCGCAUUAUGGCGAGGUUACAAGUUUUCUACAUACUGUUUAGCACACACAACGUGGGUUGAUGCUCUCUGUCAUUGUAAUUCAACGUGGUUUUUGUGCCACUAAUUCAAAAAAGUGCUGUUCUGCCUUUCUAUUAACUCUUUAACGAACCACAUCAAACCCAAACAAAACCUCUCAUUCCGAUUGGCGGCCACCUGUAGCAUAUUAUCACUGGGCCUAAUAUUAAUGAUUUAAAGUGUUUAACAAUAUUUAGAAACAACAACUUACUUGUCAGGGGUUUUAUGUGGAGUUAAUAUUUAGAUAGCACAAGCAUUUUAAUACGAAGUUUCACUAUUAAUGUUCUAUGUGUUCCUGAUUUUUUUUCUGCCGGUCAGUAAAAAAGGGGAUUCAGGUUGUACAAAUUCUCAAAAUGAAAACAAUGUUUAUGUUAUGUAAUACGUUUUUUGUCUGUUUUAUUAUUAUUUGAUGAUUCUGGUUCUGCUGGCCAGAUGCAUAGUUAAAGUUUUUAUUUUAAUGAUUUAAAUUAACAAACUGUCAUAUCAUAUCGAAUAAGCAUGGUGCUUGCAUUUGAAACUAUUGUUGAAAAGUCAUGCAUUUAACAAUCUUUGGUUUGUUACUGAUUCAACUGUGUUGAAAUCGAAUUGAAACUGCAGCAGCGGGUUGUUGUUUUGUUUUCACCUAUUCCAUGUACUUUGCGAUGAUGGGGAUCAAUUUUCAAUCCUGUUUGUAUAAAUAAUAGUUAAACACUUAAAUUUGAACUGUUCCAUUCAGGCUGGUUUCUGUUUUGUGUUAUUUUUGGUUGUUUUUGGAAGAAAUUGUUUCCUAUUUUGCUUAUUAAAGUCAUUGAAAUGGCAA